AUGAGAUUGGCCAAUCGUCAGCAUCCGCUGAAUUUAACAGUGACGCGAAUCAACAAUGGCAAGUUCCUGGUUAAUCCAAAUGGACAUCAAGAAGUCAAUCAGCCGAAUUGUAAUGAUAACCAAGAGCCGGCACCGGUGUCCCCAGUUGUAUUUCCAAGCUGUGAAUUUGUACCGACGACUCAGCAUGGUCCCACGAUACUUGGUGACAGAUUUUUACUUGUCGGACCGGCUGAGGGCAGUGCUCUUUACCGGUGUGUUGAUAUUCAAACUGGUCAGCAACUCGUUGCCAAGCAACUCACGGCAAGUGACAAAGGUGGCGAGGCACUUUUGCAAGCUCACAUGAGACUGGAAGGCACAGGAGCGGCAAGUGCUGUCGCUGGGAUAGUCGAUGCCGGUCGUGAUAAAAAAUAUUUACUGCUAGAGGGUCAUCACGGUGAUCUCCAUGCAUAUGUCAGGGCAAGACGGCGACUACGCGAGCCUGAGGCGAGACGGCUUUUUAGGCAAGUCGCCAAGGCUGUUGCUACGUGCCACGAGAAUGGUGUCGUGCUCAGGGAUCUCAAACUCAGGAAAUUCGUCUUUGCUGAUGAAGCGAGGACACGAUUACGGCUGGAAAGCUUGGAGGACGCAGUGAUUGUUGAUGACGAUGAUGACAAAUUAACAGAUCGCCGCGGAUGUCCAGCUUAUGUAGCGCCAGAAGUUCUACGCUCAGGACGAGCUUACUCAGGCAAAGCUGCGGAUAUCUGGUCACUGGGUGUAUUACUCUACACAAUGUUAGUUGGUCGUUAUCCAUUCAAUGAUGCAGAGCAUGCGUCGCUUUUUGCUAAAAUAUCAAGAGGACUGUUCAGCGUACCAGAUCUAUUUAGCGCACGUGCACGGUGCCUGAUCCAAGCUAUAUUGAGGCGAGAACCUUCAGAAAGGCCAGACGCACCGGAUUUACUGAGGCAUCCGUGGUUAUCGAAACCAUUGUUAAGUUCUUCGCAUAUCACCGGUAAAAUGUCUAACCACGAUCAGAUCGUUCCUGACAACCAGACCAAUCGUUCUCAAGACUGA